AUGUCCUCGCCGGAGACGAUGGAGCUCUGCCCGCUGUGCUGCAACGAGUUGGACGCCACGGAUAGGCGGUUCCGGCCGUGUCGGUGCGGAUAUCAGAUCUGCGCGUGGUGCUGGCAUCAGCUCAUGGAGCUCGCGAGCAAGGACGACGCGAAAGGACGGUGUCCAGCGUGCCGGACGGAGUACGAUGAGGACGACAUCACGUUCGAUGAGGUCCCGGAGGAGGAACUAGCGGCGCAGAAGAGUAAGAAGAAGGAGGGUAAAGCGGCGGCGAGCGCGGCGUCUCCGGGGGCGAGCGCCAAGGUGGGCGCGGCGGCGGCGGCGAGGAAACACUUGCAAAACGUCAGGGUUAUACAGAGAAACUUAGUGUACGUCGUCGGUCUGAGCGCACGGUGUUGCAAGGAGGAGGUGCUGCGAAAGAAUGAUUUUUUUGGCAAGUAUGGGAAAAUUUUAAAGCUGCAAGUGUCGGUGAAUCGCACGGGGAGCUCUUCUUACGCCGGCAGAGACGCGGAGAACACGGGGAGCGCGUACGUGACGUUUUAUGAAGAGUCAGACGCGAUGCAGUGCAUCCAGCACAUCGAUGGGUCGCCUCUGGAUGGUAGAAUACUGCGCGCGUGCUUCGGUACGACAAAGUAUUGCAACGCUUUUCUCAAGUAUCAGCCGUGCAAUAAUCCGGAUUGCUUGUACUUGCACGACAUAGGAAAAGACAACGAUUCGUUUACGAAAGAAGAGAUGCUGGCACACUACGGGACAAAGCACCAGAGCUUUCAGGAGGCGACGCGAGUGGUUUCCAGCUCUAACGCGAGCGAUAGCAUUGGCGCAGCUCUGCCGCGCACAUCAAGCCUUACCGCGAUACCGGCACCAUUCACGGCAGGGGUGCGCGUUCCCGCACCGAGGAAUAAUAUGUCCCCACCGCCUCCAGCGGGACCACCGCCGCCGAACGCCGUUGGCGUGGGUGUCCCGGUGGCGAGCGCGUGGCCGAGUCUAGGAAGCAGCAGUAGCAAGGCGGCGACGCCCCUGGCGCCGACGCCAAAGCCGGUGCCGGUAGUUACAACGCCCGUGGUUGCUCCGUCGACUACAAAGUCAUCUAUUCCGGCGCCGAGAGUGCCCGCACCACGAAGCACCGGUGUCUGUCCGGUUCGACCAAACGGAGGUUGGGGCCAGGAAGCGAACGCAACCCUCGGAGUGUUUGGAGGCCCAUCUAGCGAAGCAAAUGAAACGGCGACGACGGUGCCGUCGUCUGCGCAAGUACCGAAAACGAAAAACGGAUUCACAUUACCGCAACCUCGCAAGAUUGUUGGCGCUGCCACACUACCUCGUCCAAAGGAGACGGGAGGAGAUGCCGCUCCAGCUCCAACGACGGCUGCCCCGCCGCAAUCGACGAAUGUGUCGACGCCCGUGGACGCUUUCCCGGACAAUCUCUUCAUGGAUGCGUUCAACUCGAGCCUAGAUUUCGAUCCAAGUGCGGUUCUUCGAAGACAUACCGGUGCGUCGCGGCCAUCUCCGACGAUAGAGCAAACCAGGGCCUCGAGAUUCGGUUUCGCGCUCGAGGCACAGUCACCAAUGUCGAAUGGCGCGCCAGGCGCCAGGGAUGGAGAGUCUCUUCUUCGUGCACUCUUGCCAGGCGCCAGUGUGCGAUUUUCCCAACAGGAGUCGUUGAGUGAAACAACGAACGGAACGCUCUCCUCGCCGCGCCGCGGGCCACCACCUGGCUUUGGUCCAGCCAAAACUUUUUGA